AUGGACGUGAAUGGGCCAUCCGCAGGUGCGGUUAUUGUACGUCACGAUGCCCCCAGAAACUUCACAACUCAUUUGGGAACCGAAUUCACAUUGAUAGGAAUCGCAGCUAUUCUGAUCGGCGCCCGAAUAUACCUGCGAUUAGUCAUUCAGAACCUUCCCCUUAUCACGAGCGACAUUCUUGUUUGUGUCGCCUGGCUCUUUACUGUAGCAUCCGCUUCAUACGAUGUUGUUAAGAUUCUCGGUUCUGGAGAGAUGCAAGGGCGUCUUGUUAUUGCAAGUCAGUUCAAUAACCACUCUAUGCAGUUGCAAUGGAGUGGCCAGUUUCCAUUCUUCACAGCCUUCUAUCUCUGCAAGGCAACACUCCUGAGUCUAUAUGCUCGAUUUUUCCCGAUCUUCAUGGAAACUAGGCGCAAGAUUCUCUGGGGAACCAUGGUGUAUUGCGGCUGUGCGUAUGGUACCAACAUGCUCAUCCUACUUCUCAUUUCUAAAUUCUCUUCAAGGUCCCAAGAUCCGGCAGUCGCAUGUUCCCCAAUAGUGUUCGCUCAAGUAUUCCAAAUCGCUUGGGCAUUGAACUUUGCCGCAGAUCUGAUGAUUUUCUGUCUGCCAUUUUUAGUAUUGUACCGACUGCAACUUCAGAAAAGUGUCAAGAUCAGUGUUUACUGCACAUUCUUUCUGGGAGCCAUCAACUUAGCAGUCAGCCUGGCACGGUUUCUAGGCAUUCAAGUGUCUGUAACAUCUUUUCGCUCCUUCACACUCAUUGAGUUAUGGAGUGCUAUUGACUUGCAAGUCGGUUUGAUCAUUGCUUGUUUACCGCCUCUGCGGCCGUACUUGUCUUAUGAUUGGAAAAUUUGGCCUUUCCGAUCAGCAACUCAAAUCCCUAAAAGUUCUUGCAAUCGCACUGAUCUUUCCGAGCUUUCUCGACAGAACGAUCAGCUAACAUCACAAAUGCGAGAUAUCGACGAUGCAGGCUUGAUAAAUGAUAUCAACGACAAUUUAGGACAAAUCGGUACCAGACCGGAUCACGAUGUCGAGUCGCCAGCUUUAGGAAUCAAUGAAGGGACCAAGGAUGAUGAUAUACCAGACAGAAACGAAAGGUUUCAUUAG